AGUUAAGUCCAUGGUGUUGUCAAACAUGGCAACAAGAAGGAUCUUUAUACUGCGUAAGUUAGACGGAUUUCCUUAAAUAAUUCAAUGCUAAAUCAUAAUUAAUAAAUGGACGAUAGUCAAUAUUAAACUAGAAUUUACAUGGAUUUAUAGACAAUAUGUUUCUUUACAGAUAUUAUUGUACAACUUCUUUCAAAGGUUGAAAUUGUCUCUGCUCAAGACUGCGCGGAUAAGCAACUUCAAUGCAGUGUUUCGUACAAGAUUGAUAUUGAUAAAGUCAUAAAAAAUGAGAUUAUUAUGACUUCGGUAUGCGGAAUUUCAAAGCGAUUUAUAAGCUGUCUUGAAGGGUAUGAACCCUGUUCAAAUUCAACCAUAUCUGUUGUAACUGUUAAAGAUUUAGAAUCGAGACUAUGUAAUACAAAUUCCGAUUGCCAUAAAAAAUUGAAAACUUGCGAAGGUGUUUUAUCAUCAUGUUCCGAUGCUCAAAAGAUUGAAUCAUGUUUCAAGAGGGAAUUAGGUGCUUGUCAGACUGGUUUAAGUGGUCAAAUCAAAACAUACUUUUCAAUUCUACAAUCAUCUAUAGUGGCCACCACAAGUAACGCCUGCUCCAAACCAGGCCAAGCUGGGGAUUGUUAUAGCUGUUGGUCGUUGAAAGAUCCUUGGUGUGCAGACGUUUUUACCGCUCCACAAAAUGCAACAAAAUGCCAAUCAACCAACUGCGUUAAAACUAAAUACCAUACAAACAAAUAUCAAUUAGUUGCUAGAGGAUGCUACACUGGGCCAAAAACGAAUAAUGAAUGCAAUAGCGAUGGCGGUGAUGGAGCUACAUCAGUUGUAUGCAUUUGCAGCGGAAAAAACUGCAACUCCGCUAACAGUCUACAAUUAACUAGUAUAUUUUAUUCAAUUUCAAUUAUCUUCCUAUGCUUGAUUCUUUGAAUUAUGAAUUUGUAAAACCGCUAGAUGGCGCUCUUUGUUAAAAGUAAUUGUAAAGUUGAUAUUUUUCUUACUGUAAAAUUGUUUCCAGG